AUGACGGAAGGACGAGGAAAAAUGCGCAAAUUUAAUUUUAAUCUAAGAAGUCUUCGCCUUUCCUUGAAAUACCGGCCUGAUGUCCUGAAGCUCAUAUUAAAAAUGAGGCAGUGUAUAAGGAAUAAAAAUUCUAAACUAAUUCAGUGUAAACAACAACUAAAAGCAAUGGAAAAAAAGACAUCUAAAGAAAACAAUGUAGUAGAAGAUAAUCUGGAAAAAUCCAAUAACAUAGACUCGGAAGCAAAUGUAGAUACACUUGCAUCAUCAAACGAACUGGAUACAAUUGAUAAUCUUAAAACAGUAAUUGAAAAUAAAAAGAAAGCCGUCAAAAAGAAAACAAAACUUAAAAAUAAGGCAACACAGACUGAUAAUGUUGUAAGUUCUCCUAAAAUUAAAUCAGAAUCGAAAGAAACUGGUGCAAAAUGUGAGGAGUCUGGUUGGAAAUUAAAUGAAGAAAAUGAUAGUAAGAGUAUAGCAGACCAAGUGAAAGAGGUGGCCCAGGAUGCAAUGCAGCAAUCCGGUAUGGUGUAUGUAGAAUCAGCUGGAAUGUAUUAUGAUUAUAAGACUGGCUAUUACUAUAAUUCUGAACUAGGGCUGUACUAUCAUACAGAUACUGACUGCUAUUAUUACUACUCAGAAAAGAAGCAAACAUUUGUGUUCCACUCCUUCCCAGACAGAAAGCAGUCAGCUGCACAGGCUUCACUAGCAGCUCAUGAAAAGAGGAAGGCUAAAAAACAUAAAAUGGCGAGAAAGGCAGAAGACGAAAUUGAUAACCUGACGAAAAAUCUAUCUCAGGAUGGUGAGGAAAAUAAUGAAAAUAAACCCAAACAAAAGAAGAGUAAGAAGAAAGCAGUUCAAAAGGAUGUUUCCAUGAAUGAGAAGAAACUUAAUGACAAUUCUGAUCUAAUUACUGAACCAAAUAAUGAAAUCAUUAGUGAAAGUAAGAAAGAGCAAAAGGAAAGUAAUGAUGUAGAAACUGAUGAUAAAGCUGAUGUUAAACUAAAAGAAAUGGAGGAAGGAGAAUGCAGUGAUUCAAGCUCAGAACAGUCAGAUUCUGUAGACGAAGAAGUCAAAUCAAAUGCUAGCACAUCCACUGCUAGUGAUGAUGAAUCAAUAGCGAGCCAUCAUCCACCCUGCAUGCGCGUGAUUGUGAAAGAGACAAGUUUACCAAAGUUGCGCAUAGGCAGUUUGUUUAUUGUAACUAAAGAUGGCGGCACCGUUGGCCGGAUGGGCGAGCAGCAUACCAUAUUGCUCAAUGACAGUAAUGUAUCCAGGAACCACAUGAACAUAAUAUACGAUGAUAAACGGCGCUCGUAUUUCGCGGUCGAUCUUGGCUCGAAAAAUGGAAGCAUAUUGAAUGGCAGUCGCAUGUCUGAGAGCGAGGUUGUCAGUGAACCUAUGGAGAUAGUGCAUGGCAGUACUUUACAACUUGGCGAAACAAAGUUAUUGUGUCACAUACAUCCAGGGAAUAAUACAUGUGGACAUUGUGAACCAGGACUGCUGAUGGAAGCUUUAGAAAAAGAGAAGCAAGCAUACACUCGGACAUGCAGCGUUAAGAAGCAGCACGAACUCGAGUUAGCGCGUCUGAAGAAUAAAUAUGCUAAACCACAAUUGGCGAUAGAAGAGACGGCCUACAACGACAGAGCGCAAGCGAGACGGGAAGCUGUUGGCUCUUCACAUCACGCUGAAAAGACGCAGACUAGUGAUAUUGACACGUCCAUAGCAUCAGACAACAAAGGUUUCAAAUUAUUGGAGAAAAUGGGCUGGAAUAAGGGCGAGGGUCUCGGCAAGGAUAACCAAGGAGAUGUCGACCCAGUGCCUCUAAUUUCAAACGAAGGUAAGACUGGUCUAGGAGCAACACCCGUACCCCACAAUCCCAACACCCUCGGUCCGGCUACUAUAAGGCUGGCGGCCAGAACGAAGAUGCUAAGGCCACCAGCGAAAGCAUUUCAAGGCACGCUAGAGGAGGAUUCUGAAUAA